AUGAACACUCCGGCCCCCCUCCUCUUCAUCCUCUUCCUCCUCCUCGCCCUCACUCCAUGCGAAUCGUUUUCUUUUCCGAGCAGCGACCUGCUGCAGCAACAUCCGGUGUUGAGUCAGCAAAAGCUGGAUUGCGGUAUCGACAUCCAGGGGCCUUCAUGGCUACUGCAGCUGGACUUUCGUGUGAAGUUCAAGAACGGCUCGUGCGCGCUUGGCCAUGUCUGCAUUGAGGAUCAGUUUCGCAACCAGUUGUUGAACUCGUCGAGCAGACUGCAUCAGGUCCUGAAGAAUGGAAAGUUUGCUAAGCUCCUCUCCAAGGUUGGCGAGAAACAGGGACUUGUCCCUCUCCCUACUCAAAAUUCUCUUCUGUACGAAUACACGCACUCGUCAAGGAGACUCCUGCAAACCACGACGACCACCGAUACUCGAUCGAGACAGUUGAUAAUCUUGCAGAUUGCAGUCCUUUUGGGUGUGCGACAAGUAGGUUUCGCCACCUUGCAAAGUCUUGGCGAUCUGAUGUCUUCGGUGAAGUACAGCACACUCGGAGCUCUCAGCGACCUCACCCCGAAGCUUUCGAGUAUUUCGUCUGCAGACGCCAUCAAAGAGCAGCAGAAGAUCCUCACGUUUCUCAGCUCAGUGAUUGACCGCCUGACUGUGCUUCAAGAAUGCCCCGACCAAGGCAUACAAGACCUGAUAGAUGUGACGAGUAUCCUCCUUGGGGUCGCAUACUGCUCCGUGAUCCAAGUUCGGGAUGCCACCUCUGCGAUAGAUUGGGCCGGAGUUGCGAUGAAGUUGGAUUGUCUUCAUGAGAACAUUCAGGACGCCACGUACCCGUUGGCACUGGCCAACAGGACUGGGAUGUUCGUAACCAAGUGCAAGCAGGCCAAGUUGAGCCCUUCGAACCUCCUGCUUCCGCUGCAACCCAUACUCGUCGACACCGACAUUCCCAUCUCCACUGUCCCUCUGGACGGAUCUCUCUCCCCCGUGAUCUCAAGUUGGAUGCGAUCUACGAACCGUCAGAUCACCGUCAAACCUGCGCAUCUCGACGCUAACGGGAACUGGCUGAUCCCUGGAAUAGAUGUCACUAUUGUUGUGAUGAAGGGAAAUCUCUCAUGCUCAUCGGCCAUCUGCGACGAGUACACCUACGUGACCGUUGCAAGCUACGAGCCCAGUCUCAGCCCCUUCGCUCCCUAUGAGCCCUCGUACCCGUCUUCAAGCCCCUUUGUGGACGACCUGAAUCCUUUCAUCGGUGACUUGCUCACCGAAGUUCACAUUCUCAAGAUGGAUGGAGGGCCCUGGGAGGAAUGGAGGAAGAGCGGGUCGCUCAGCGUGCAGGCUUACUUCAAUCAGAUCCGGUCAAACGCAGACACUCUGACUACAGAAGUGACUAUCCCAACAUGCGUCCAAUUUGUACAGAACAGCACGAGGUGGACCGACGAGGGCUGCAGAUGUCUGGACGCAGCCUGUCAGCAGUGCAACUGCACGUAUGCCUCCCUCAUCAUGCCCGGGGCCAACAACGGCACUGCCAGCUACCAGGACUUCAUCUCCAUCGCCGUCCGCCGCCGCAAGUGGUGCGCUUCCACGUACGGGGUCGUCUGCUCGGGCCAUGGAGUUUGCGUCUCGGGGGCGUGCGUGUGCAACUCGGGCUUCGCAGGGCAGAACUGCAACAGCACCUGUUUGGACUGCAACGGGCACGGAACCUGCUCGCCGACUGACGGCCGAUGCAUCUGCGAUCCCGGGUACGCGGGGGUCGGCUGCAGCAUCAGACCCGUCGUGCGAUUUGUCGUCCCCCUCUUCUCCAAGCCCGCCGGGGGAAUCACAGUGUCAGUGAUCGGGGAAGGAUUCGGCAAGACGGACCCGUCGCCCGAGAUCAAGAUAGGCAACUCCUUCUGCAGGUCCUCCACCUGGCAGUCCCCAACCAUGAUCCGCUGCAUGCUCUCUCCUGGUGUGGGGGAGAUGCUCAGCGUCUCCAUCUUCGCCGGAGGAGUCUCCGACAGCACGGGCGGCAUGGACUCCCUGCUCUUCUCCUACUCUGCUCCUGUCAUCACCGGGCUGGAGCGGCAGGGCGGUCCAACCACGGGAAGGUACGUGCUGACCAUGUACGGGCAGAACUUUGGGACCCACUGGAACGAUAAGAUCCCCUUUGACGGGAAGGUGAAGCUCAACGUUACCCUCUGCUCCCCCUCCCAGUGGAUCAGCGACUCUACCAUCCGAUGUGCGGUACCUCCAGGACAGAGUCGCAACGUCCCCGUCCUCGUAGAGAUACCAGCAGACCAGCCGCGUGACAAGUGCGACGGCUACUACAUAGGCAGGACGACCAACAUCGAUGACCCGCGGGUCAUCAGGUGCGGCAUCUGCCAGGGCUGCUACGUGUUCAACUACGAUGCUCCAGUCAUCACAAGGCUGGCGGCGGGGAUCAACAAGGCCCCAGAGACCUACCUCUUCCGAGGAGGCGAGAUCCUGACCAUCUUCGGCUCCAACUUCGGCAUCGAUGCUUCAGUUGCCGUUGGCCCUGAUCCCAACACUGGAGAGACAUACUACUGUGUGUUCCAGCGAAACUUCGUGGUCAACACGGCCGACUGCCCCAAUGCUGAGUGUCUGUUCUGCAAGCUCGGGCCAGGAGGAGGAGCGUACCCUAUCACCGUCUGGCUGGCUGGGCAGAAGUCACAGUACGACCUGCCCUUCAAGUUCAGAGGGAGGGCGGUGGGGCUCAAGUUCCAGGAGACUCCUUCGCUGACCGCGACCCUCGCCGGGGUCAUCGAGAAGCAGCCGAGGCUCAAGGUGAUCGACGACCUCGAUGACAACCAGCCUCUCCUCAGACCCGACGCCGAGUACAACUUCCCCUACUGGCAGGGCCCUGCUGGCACGUUCCAGGAGUACAACCCCGACGGUUACAUCUGUCGUGUUGACAUCAGCCUGCUGCCCGACCCCAGCAAGCCCUUCCCCAACCCCUGCACCCCGCAGUGGGAGGCAAUCAUCCAGCAGGACCCGAGCAAGGUCGGAACGUUUCCCUGCUUCGAGAAGGACCAGCCUCUCAACAGAAACUACAAGAGAGGCACGGGGCUGCAGGACAAGGUUCUGUUCAAGGCCUCUGACAACGGCAUGGCGACGUUCUCGGACCUCGAGUUCUUGGGCCAUCCAGGGCAGCAGUACAACAUGACGUUCAGCAUCUCUGAUCUCGGGAACAGCUACGUGACCAAGAAGAGUUUCUACACCAGCUGGGUCAUCACCUUCGAUGACUGUCCUGCCGGGCAGAUCGGAACGUGGGACAGGUUGUGCGAGUGCGCCAAGGGCUACGAGCCGGGAGGAGCAACGGGGUGUCAGCGAUGCGAUGGAGGGCAGGCGAAGAACGAGGGAGGACAGUCGGACGAAGCAGGAUCGUACAAGCCGACGACGGGACAAGCGUCAUGCACUAAAUGUCCGUCUCAAAACAUGAUCACGAGCAAUUCAACGACGAGGGACAGCGUGGGGACUUGCUUCUGCGCUUCCGGAUACUUCCGAGCCGCCAUCAUCUACGACUACAACGCGAGUUACACGCCCAACGUUCCGUUCGGGUUCGACACGGCGGCGAGCGGAGCUGGGGACGAGCUGUGCGGGGGUCCGGGGAGCAGCCAGGUCCUGCCAGGGAACGGCAACGACACGACGAUCCUGUGCCUGGACUCCAUCGAGUUCGAGUCGGUGGACUGCGGGAGGGUGCGGGGGCACAUCGUCAACAACUUAUGGGUGUCGGUCAAGCUUGAGACGGCAGGUGCCUGCGACCAGCAGUACAACCCCAAGAUCUGCACAAGCUGCAAGUCCAAGACCGGCUGCCGGGGCGACUCGUACGGGGUGGGGACGCAGGGCUGCAACGUCCAUCACAAGGGAGUCAUGUGCCAGUUGUGUGAGCGAGGGUACUACCUCAGCUCCUCUGCCUCCUGCAUCAAGUGCCCGAGCCAGCAGACCUAUGCUCUCACCUUCGGCCUCGGAGCCUUCGGCCUGCUCGUGGGAGGCUUCAUCGCCCUCCGCUACCUCGCGCUCAUCAAACUCCUGGCCGACCCCCCCAGCGUCAAGAUCUUUGCGGCCUACCUUAUCAUCACCUCCUCCAUCUCCUCCUCCUACGACGUCCAGCUCCCCUCCAGCUACUCCAGCUACCAGUCACAGACGGGGUUCGCCCAGCUGGACAUCUCGGGCGUACUGUACUGCAUCAUCCAGUCGUUCGAGUACACCUUCUAUCACAACGUGGUGCUGCAGGCGUCGCUCCCCUUCAUGAUCAUCUUCCUGGCUCAGACGGCCCUGACCGUCCGCUACUCCAUGAUCUCUACUCACUUCGCCGCCAAGCGCAAGGCGGAUCGACGGGGUCUCAACACCGACAAGAUCAACACGCAGGAGAACUCAGCGAAGACGAACGUGAAGGAGAUGGUGAUCUCGGGGUCUUCGCAGGUUCUUAUGUUCAUCCAUCCUACUGUCACGACCACCAUGUUCUCCAUGUUCUCCUGCACUCCGAUCUUCGGAUACAACCUCCCAUGGCUGAGGAUCGAUGUUCGAUACCAAUGUUACGAUACGAGCUGGUGGAUCUUCUGCUACGUUGCUCUCUCUGUCAUCUGCGUUUACACCUUCGGGCUUCCGUUCCUCUUCUUCGUGCUCCUUCAGAGGAGGCGACAUGCCCUGGAGGAGUCGAAGGCGGUUGUCAGGAAGAGGUACCAGAGCUGGAUGAAGUCGCUCAAGCAGAAGGCGGCGAAUGCAAAGCUGGCGGUGAUGCGAGGAGAAGUACCUGAGCCCCUCAAGGAUCCUGAGGAGGAGGAGAUUGUGAACCAGGACAUCAAGGUCGUCUACGACAUGUACUACUCGUGCGUUCGCGAGUGGCAGGAGCUUCUCUUCCUGCAUCGCGACUACACGCUCGCGAGGUUCUAUUGGGAGUUGGUGGAGAUUGCGAGGAAACAAGCGCUCGUUGCCUUCGUCGUUAUCAUCGGGAACUUUGCCAAGGGGUUUGACCUGGUCUUCGGAAUUCUCGUGCUGUUUGUCUUCUUUGCGGUCCAUCUCUACGCUCUUCCUUACAAGAGAGGCAAGCACAACUUCCUCAAGGCCGCGGAGAUGUUUGCCGAGUACAUGACUCUCUUCCUCACCCUCCUCAUCUUGCUCGCACAGGUCAACCCUGAGAUGCAGCCCGAGACGGUAGGAAAGGCGAUGUUGGGGCUGCAGGGCCUCCUUUUCGGAGGAGGCGUCUGCGUGCUGUUUGUGAAUCUGCGGGAGGGCAUCGAGGAGCUCAAGAAGAAGAAGGAGGAGGAGGAGGGGCUGGGGAUCGUGCAGAAGGUUGAGAGGCACAGCAUCUACUCCGUGUUUUUUGCCAUCAACCUGUUGAGCCGUCUGAUCCGGCGGAAGGAGGCAGAGCGAGCAUCGAGGAAGGGCGUCACAGUGCACGAGGAGAAGGAGACGAUCGACCUCGAUGGCUUCAAGCCUCAAGUCCAGAGGAGGUGGAACACGUUGACGGCUUCACUCCUUGCCGCCUCCGGAGACGAGGCCAUGCUGCUCCUUCAGUAUGCCCUACAGCAGAAAGAAGACGAGGGAGAGGACAGCGAGGAGAUGGAGGCAUCAGAGCAGAUCUCCGAAGGCUCCGUCUUCUCGAGCGAGCACUUCACCGACGAGAUUUCAGAGGCAGAGCAACGAGAGCUGCAAACACUUCAAGAUGUCGAGGACGACGACGACGACACGGACAUCUCAGACGACGACUCCCACACCAAGUUCGCGAUCACCCCAGGAGGCGGAGUGUUCAGCGAGGAGGGGGUUGGUAUCGAUCGGCUCGACCAGUAG